UGUCAACCUUCAAACACUAAAUCUAAGGUUCAUCUUACCUGCUGUCGCAUCUGCACUGCUUGUUGUGGCUUUCGUUUCUCUUCUUGUACGAUGUCCACGAAGGCGCCGAAAAACUCCUAUUCCAGAAGCCCUUCCAUUGACAGCAAUCCAGAGAAGAGUUUCUUUCCAAGAACUUCUACGAGCAACAAAUGAGUUUCAUGAGAGUAAUCUGCUGGGUGUUGGGAGUUUUUGGCCCUGUAUAUCAUGGGGUGCUUCCUGACGGGCUAAAUAUAGCUGUGAAGAUUUUUAAUCUGCAAGUGCAAGGACGGCUAAGAAGUUUUGACACAGAAUGCGAAAUCAUGCGCAACAUGAGACACCGCAACCUUGUGAAGAUUAUUUGCAGUUGCUGUAAUCUUGAUGUCAAGGGCCUGGUCCUGGAGUACAUGCCUAAAGGAAGCUUGGAGAAAUGGUUAUACUCUUACAACUACUUCUUAGAUAUCAUUCAAAGAGUGAACAUUAUGAUAGAUGUCGCAUCUGCCAUGGAGUAUCUCCAUCACGGUUAUUCAACUCCUGUGGUGCAUUGUGAUUUGAAGCCGAGCAAUGUGUUGCUAGAUGAAGACAUGGUUGCGCAUGUAUGCGACUUUGGCAUUGGAAAACUCUCGGGUGAAAGUGAGUCCGUUUCACAAACCAAGACCCUUGCCACAAUAGGGUACAUGGCACCAGAGUAUGGACUGGACGGACUUGUGUCCAACGGGAUUGAUGUCUACGGCUUUGGAAUCAUGUUGAUGGAAAUCUUCACGCGGAAAAGGCCUACCGAUGAAAUGUUCGAGGGAGAGAUGAGCUAUUGGUCAGAGAAUCGUUGCCUGAUUCAGUAAUUGACCUAGUGGAUAGAACAGGGGAGAUGGCCACUCCUUAAACAAGGAGCAUUGUGUCACAUCUAUAAUGGAGUUGGCUCUGCAAUGUACUAACGAAUCACCUGAAGAGAGGAUCAACAUGGUCGAAAUCCUGGCAAGGCUGAAAAACAUAAAAGGGGAAUUCUUGACAGAACGUGAGAGGCGUAGGUCUUAAGAUAAAUCAACUUUUAGUACUUCACAGCUUAA